GCGACCAUGCCCAGGAAGAAGGCGGCGGCGGUGGCCUGGGAGGAGCCAAGCUCGGGCAACGGCUCGGCCCGCGCCGGGCCCAGGAAGAGCGGCGGCCCGGCGGGCAGGAAGCGCGAGCGGCCCAUACGCUGCAGUAGCAGCAGCGGCGGCGGCAGCAGCGGCGACGAGGACGGCCUGGAGCUCGACGGGGCCCCCGGCGGGGGCAAGCGCCCGGCGCGGCCGGCGGCGGCGGGCAAGGCUGGCGGCGCGGCCGUGGUCAUCACCGAGCCCGAGCACACCAAGGAGCGCGUCAAACUUGAAGGGUCAAAGUGCAAAGGGCAGCUUUUGAUUUUUGAGGCAACCAACUGGGACUUGAUUGGUCGAAAAGAAGUGCCUAAACAGCAAGCUGCUUACCGCAAUCUCGGGCAGAAUGUGUGAGGGCCCCACAGGUAUGGGUGCCUGGCGGGGGUCCGGGUGCGGACGGUGGUCUCUGGCUCGUGUGCUGCGCACAGCCUCCUCAUCACCACGGAAGGGAAGCUGUGGAGCUGGGGGCGAAAUGAGAAGGGGCAGCUGAGACACAGCGACACCAAGAGAGUGGAAGCCCCCAGACUCAUCGAGGGUCUCAGCCAUGAAGUGAUCGUGUCGGCAGCGUGUGGGCGGAACCACACCCUGGCCUUGACGGACACGGGCUCCGUGUUUGCAUUUGGGGAAAACAAGAUGGGGCAGCUGGGCCUCGGCAACCAGACAGAUGCCGUCCCCAGCCCCGCGCAGAUAAUGUACAACGGCCAGCCAAUUACCAAAAUGGCCUGUGGGGCUGAAUUCAGUAUGAUAAUGGACUGCAAAGGGAACCUCUAUUCCUUUGGGUGCCCUGAAUAUGGUCAGCUGGGACACAACUCUGAUGGGAAGUUCAUCGCCGGGGCGCAGCGGAUAGUAGACUGUGAGCUGGUACCCCGGCGAGUGGCCAUCUUCAUCGAGAAGACGAAAGAUGGGCAGAUUCUGCCGGUACCGAACGUGGUUGUGCGAGCUGUGGCCUGUGGCGCUAACCACACACUGGUCCUGGACUCCCAGAAGCGCGUCUUCUCCUGGGGCUUUGGUGGCUAUGGCCGGCUAGGCCACGCAGAGCAGAAGAACGAGAUGGUCCCUCGCCUGGUGAAGCUAUUUGACUUCCCUGGGCGUGGGGCGUCCCAGAUCUACGCUGGUUACACCUACUCCUUUGCCGUCAGUGAAGUAGGUGGUCUGUUUUUCUGGGGGGCCACCAACACCUCCCGUGAGUCUACCAUGUACCCGAAAGCAGUACAGGACCUCUGUGGCUGGAGAAUCCGGAGCCUGGCUUGCGGGAAGAGCAGCAUCAUCGUGGCUGCAGACGAGAGCACCAUCAGCUGGGGCCCAUCGCCAACCUUCGGGGAACUGGGCUACGGGUACCACAAGCCCAAGUUUUCCACUGCAGCCCAAGAGGUGAAGACUCCGGAUGGCAUCUUCUCGGAGCAGGUCGCCAUGGGCUACUCACACUCCUUGGUGAUAGCGAGAGAUGAAAGCGAGCCCGAGAAAGAGAAGAUCAAGAAACUGCCAGAAUACAACCCCCGAACCCUCUGA